AUGUCCAACAUCCAGGACGACUACAUCAUCGGUGAGGUGGUUGGCAAAGGUGCCUUCUCUGAGGUUCACAAGGGCAUCAACAAGACCAGUCAUUUGCCGGUUGCCAUCAAAAAGGUGAACAAGGCCCGCGUAAAGAACAAGGAAGAACUCGUUCGUGAAGUCGCCAUUCUCCGAGCGUACGUUGCCCACCAAUAUCGCGCCAUAGGCCUCGGACAUCCCAGCCUGCCCCUGCACCUGCUCUACCCGUUUUUCCCCCGCCCCUCCGCUUUCACGGCUCAUUUGCGCGCCUGCCUGGCCUUGUUUCCUGUUUUGAUUAGCAUCGAUCACCCUAAUGUCAUUGAGCUCUUUGCAGCCUAUGACACUGAUGCCUUUAGCUACAUUGUCACCGAGCUCUUGGUCGGUGGAGAGCUUUUUGAUCGGAUCGUCGACCGUGGCUCAUACAGCGAACAAGAUGCUGCCGGCAUUAUGCGCCAAUUGCUUUCCGCCCUCCAAUAUCUGCACGAGCAGCAGAUUGUUCACCGCGAUCUGAAGCCAGAAAAUUUGCUGUGCUCCACCAUGGAUGCAUCCGCCCGAAUCGUCAUCAGUGACUUUGGCCUGGCCGUGCAGCUAGGCCCAGAUGAACAUCUUAAGCAGUCCUGCGGCACGCCCGGCUACGCAGCACCUGAAGUCGUUGCGCGCAAGCCAUACCGCUUUGAACCAGAUGUUUUCAGCGCUGGCGUGAUUCUCUACAUCCUACUAUGUGGCUAUCCCCCCUUCUACUCGGAUGAUGACAAUGACCAGGAGCUAUUCAAUGCCACGCUCAAGGGUGACUGGUGCUUCGAAGAUGGCGACUGGACUGAGGUGUCGAAAACAGCCAUGGAGCUCAUCUCCGACAUGAUGACGCUGGAUGCGUCCCGUCGGCCAACUGUCGCCGACAUAUUGGGUAACGAUUGGAUUCUCGGCACAUCUGCUCCCAACAAGGAUAUCCAUCGCCGUGUCUCGCAACAGCUCUCACGCUUCAUGGCCAAGCGCCGCUGGCGGAAGGCAUUCAACGUCAACCGGGCCGUUGGCAAGCUGCUGCGUGCCGGCACUGAUGCCGUGCUAUUGGCGAGCAGCUGA